CUCCUUGGUCCGACAAAGUUCAUUAAAUUUCGCGUCGCAAGCGGGCGACCUGAGAUCGACCGCCUCGGUCGUCGCGCUGCCGACGGCGGGCCGCGGACAACAAACAAACGAAUGACCAAGAAGCUGUUUCAAGGCACACGUACGUGUACACCCACGAGUAGGUUGGCCUAGGUUAUGUGCCUGGUGCCCACCCCAGAGCGGGCUGCCUUCGACGGAAGUGACCGAUCCGUGCGCGCAACAGCCGCAGCAUGGUUAGAUCGACGGUACUUGGCGGAAAUGUGCGAAGCGGCUGUGGAUGGAUAGCAGCAUUUCGAUCGGCGCCGCGAUACACCGCAGUCGAGUCCCACGACAACGUUGCUACUUCACACAGACGAAGGCUUGCUGUAUGGUACAUGCUGAAAAGCGAUCGUGGUGUCACGGCGCGGAUGAUGGACCAACGUCUUGGUCGAUUCAUAUCGUGCGAGCAUGGCAACAACGAAGCAAGAGUGGAUGCAAGUGUCGUAAGACAAUACGUAGACACAGUCGACGAUUGUGCUAAAAAUGAUGGAAUAAAACUAAUCCAAAACCUGUAAAAAUGAAUACACACGCGAAAAACCGUC